AUGAGUUCCGCUACGCAAUCCAGCAUCACAUAUGAUCCAGAGACAAGAUACCUUCAGCUACCAAGAGUAGGAUAUGGAGAUGCCUUCUGGACAAAGGAGGACAAGCACUUUAAGGAAAUCUUCGAAAGAGCUGAAUUUUUCUCAACCAAAUUCGCUUGCAGAAAAACAUUGCAGAAGAUGGGGAUUGCUGAAAGAGUUGAUGAACUCCUCGCAUCUAGGCAGCUAGGAAGACUGGCUCACAUGGAUUACCAUCUUUAUCCCGACUUAUGCAGGGAUUUCCUCUCCACAAUCAACCUCAUUGAAGUGGACGGAACGCUGUGGCUUGAGUUCCUCUUGGAGGAUAGGAAAUACCAACUGUCAAUGACUGCCUUCUACAACAUCUAUGGGUUUCCAUAUGGCGAUUUUGAGCCCCUACCUCGCUUCAGUCACUCUUCCAAUGUCUGGAGUAACAUCGCCCUGCCUGUUGCUUUCGUGGAAAGAGAAUCCCGGCUAUCUAUGGUCAAGAAUCCCGUCAUACGUUACGCGCUUAACCUCCUAGCCACCACCUACUUCGGUAGGCAUAAGUCCUCCUUCUCAAACACGACCGAACUCAGCCUCCUCUACAACGAAAUUCGUGGAGCAAUGACGGUCGCACCAGAACACCAAAUUCUAGAGUUCUACCCUCCUUCAAACCCAGGAUCCAUCUUUUUCCGCAAGCUGAUACAUACAAAGUUAUAA